CAGCGAGAAGCUGAGUCGCCAUUUUGAUUGUGAAGGUUUCUGUCACCACGUGAAGACGAGAAGCCCAAGACUUUACUACUAGACAAUCCAAGAGAGGAUUGAUUCAGGACCUCGACAGUUCUGAUUAAUGUUAUAGCAAAGUGACACACAGCAACAAUGCCCUCAAUAACACUGCCGCCUAAAGAGAACGCUCUCUUUAAGAGAAUAUUGAGGUGCUAUGAACACAAGCAAUACAGAAACGGGCUGAAGUUCUGCAAGCAGAUCCUUUCCAACCCCAAAUUUUCAGAGCAUGGAGAGACACUGGCUAUGAAGGGACUGACUCUGAACUGUCUGGGGAGGAAAGAAGAGGCAUAUGAUCUGGUCAGGAGAGGCCUUCGCAACGACCUGAAGAGUCACGUCUGUUGGCACGUAUACGGUUUGUUGCAACGGUCAGAUAAGAAGUAUGACGAAGCUAUCAAGUGCUACAGGAAUGCCCUUAAAUGGGACAAAGACAAUCUGCAAAUCUUGAGGGACCUCUCUCUACUGCAAAUCCAGAUGAGGGACCUCGAGGGCUAUAGGGAGACCAGGUAUCAGCUGCUGCAGCUGAGGCCCGCUCAGAGAGCAUCUUGGAUUGGUUAUGCCAUUGCUUACCACCUUCUACAGGACUAUGAGAUGGCAGCAAAGAUAGUGGAGGAGUUUCGCAAAACCCAGCAGACCUCCCCAGAUAAGGUUGACUAUGAGUACAGUGAGCUCUUGCUGUAUCAGAAUCAGGUGUUGAGAGAGGCAGGCCUUUUCAGAGAGGCUCUUGAUCACCUGAGCAGCUAUGAGAAACAGAUCUGUGACAAACUGGCCGUGGAGGAGGUGAAAGGGGAGCUCUUACUAAAAUUGGAUCGGGCUGAUGAAGCUACAGAAGUGUAUCGCAGACUGCAGGAGAGAAACCCAGAGAACUGGAGCUACUACCAGGGACUGGAGAGAGCACUGAAACCAAGGAAUGUGGAAGAGACACAGAAGAUAUAUGAAGAUGCAUGUGUGAAGUUCCCUAAAGGCUUAGUCCCCCUUAGAAUGCCACUCAACUUCCUCACAGGAGAGAAGUUCAGGGAGUGUCUGGACCGUUACCUGAGGAUAACUUUCAGUAAGGGAUGCCCGCCGCUCUUCACCACACUCAAGUCUCUCUACCAUGACGAGGAGAAGGUGUCAAUCAUUGAGGAAUUGGUAGUCAGCUACGAGAAGAGUCUGAAGAGCUGCAGAAUGUUCAGUCAGAAUGAUGAUGGGAAGACAGAGCCUCCAACCACUCUGCUGUGGGUCCAGUAUUUCCUGGCUCAGCACUUUGACCACAUGGGCCAGCACGCCAUCGCCCUGGACUACAUCAACACUGCCAUCGAGAGCACCCCCACACUUAUAGAGCUCUUCCUCAUCAAGGCUAAGAUAUACAAGCACGCCGGCAACAUCCGGGAGGCAGCGCGCUGGAUGGAUGAGGCUCAGGCUCUGGACACUGCUGACCGCUUCAUCAACUCCAAAUGCGCCAAGUACCUGCUGAAGGCUGGGCUGGUGAAAGAGGGAGAGGAGAUGUGCUCCAAGUUCACACGGGAAGGCACUUCAGCCGUGGAGAAUCUGAAUGAGAUGCAGUGUAUGUGGUUUCAGACUGAAUGUGCCUUGUCUUACAAGGCCAUGAACAAAUACGGAGAGGCGCUUAAGAAAUGCCAUGAAAUCGAGAGACAUUUUGUAGAAAUAACAGACGACCAGUUCGACUUCCACACGUAUUGCAUGCGGAAGAUGACUCUCCGAUCCUACGUGGCUCUGCUUAAGCUGGAGGACGUUCUACGCAUGCACCCCUUCUACUUCAAGGCUGCACACACAGCCAUUCAGAUCUACCUCGACCUGCACGACAACCCACUCUGCGACGACAACAAGGAGUCCCAGGCAGACAGUAUAAACCUGACGGAUAAGGAGCUGAAGAAGCUGAGGAACAAGCAGCGGCGAGCACAGAAGAAAGCCCAGCUAGAAGAGGAGAAGAAAAAUGCAGAGAAAGAGAAACAGCUGAAGAACCAGAAGAAAAAAAAAGAGGAGGAUGAGGAGGAGAUCGGGGGUCCUAAAGAAGAGCUCAUUCCUGAGAAGCUGGUGAAGGUGGAAAAUCCCCUGGAGGAAGCUGUGAAGUUCCUGACACCUCUGAAGAACCUGGCACGCAAUAAGAUAGACACGCACCUCCUGGCCUUCGAGAUCUACCUCCGCAAAGAGAAGCACCUGCUGAUGCUGCAGUCGGUAAAGAGAGCCUACAUCUUGGAACCUGACCACCCCUGGCUCCACCAGUGCCUCAUCCGCUUCCUCAAAGGGGUAGCUGACAAUAAGGGUCUUGCCCCACCUGUGCAGACUGUUCUGAAGAAGGAGAUUACACGCCUGUUUGGCGACUGUGACCCCAAGACCUAUAACAAAAACUUCUUGAGCAAGCAUGCCAGCUCUAUACCUCACAGAGUAGCAGCUGCUAAGAUGAUGGUUUAUCUGGACCCCUCCUCUGAGAGUAUGGCUGCAGAGUUGGCCUCCGCUCUAGACGAUUCCCUUAGUGGCAGAAGCAUAAAGACGUGCACAGAGGUUUUGCAGGCUCUACGGGAUGGUAGCCUGGGAUCAGGACAGCAGAAAAUUUUGGAGUCAUACCGUAUGUCCUGCCAUGCCCUCUACCCCUACUGUCUUGCCUUCAUGCCCCCUGGAUACCAGGACAAUGCUGUCAUAACAACGAAUGGAGACCUGUCGUCUGGUGACCAUGAGGACAUGACCAAUGAGAUAUGAUGGAGAGGCUUUGUUUUUUUUUUCUUCUUUGUAUGUGGCUGACUGCCAUUUCCAGACCGGAAG